AUGCAGAAACCAUCAAAAUGGAACGUAGCAGAUACCAACCUUGCAAAUUUUGGUAGUAAGCUCGAAAAAGAUGUUCACCAUGCUGCUGCUGAAAAAGAACAGGCGUGGGCUGACCCUUCUAUCGGGCCUUGGCCAAAGGAUAAAUAUGGAAGAUUUUAUUCUGGUGAUAGUUAUAUUGUCCUUCAUGUAAGUUGGAAAAGAAAAAAUAAGGACAGCGAAGCUUUAUCACAUGAUAUUCAUUUUUGGCUUGGAUUGGAGAGUUCGCAGGAUGAAGUUGGAACAGCCGCCUAUAAAACGGUUGAAUUGGAUGAUUUCCUUGGUACAUCUCCAACCCAACAUCGCGAGGUUCAAGGUCACGAAUCCAAACUAUUUUUCUCUUAUUUUAACCGCUUUAUCGUUGAAGAAGGUGGGAUUGCCAGCGGAUUCAAACACACCGAACCUAAAACAUACAGACCACGACUUUUAAAACUAAAACAAGUUGGAAGGACCGUGGUAAUUCGCGAAGUGCCAAAAGAUUAUCGCUCACUUAAUAGCGGAGACGUGUUUGUACUUGAUACGGGCAUCACGCUAUAUCAAUUGAACGGAAAGAAUUCUCAGGGCGCUGAAAAGGUUAAGGCCGCGGAGUUUGUGAGAGCCGUUGAGGCUGAAAGAAAUGGGGCCACAAAUAUUAUUGUGAUUGAUGAAGGUGAUAGAGAAAUGCCUAAAUUCUGGGAAGCACUCGGUAGCAAAGGUGAAAUUAAAUCUGCAGAUGCAGACGUUGGUACUGAAGCUGCACAUUACGAGAAGAAGCUAUAUCGAUUAAGCGAUGCUAGCGGACAAAUAAAAUUCACUCAAGAAGCAACCGGUAGUAUACGUAAAUCACAUUUCGAUACAAAUGAUGUGUUUCUUUAUGAUGCUGGGUUCGAAGUAUUCAUAUGGGUCGGAAAAAACAGUACCGUCAAAGAAAAACGGUAUGCGCUCGACUAUGCUCAGAAAUACAUCAAAGAACAUGCACGUCCUGAAUUCACUCCAAUUUCGCGUGUUGUUGAAGGCGGAGAGAAUGAAAUUCUUGAAAAGAGAAUUCAGGAAGAUAUGACCAAAAAGAAAACAUCUUUGAAGUUACGAAAAAUACCUUUCACCAGUGCUUUCUGUUUUAUUCAAUAUGAUAAAAUUUUUCCUUACACUCUUAUGCUUGUUAUGUAUGCAUUAUUUGCGGUUGGGAUCUGGAAAAAUUGGCAGACAUUUCUAUCAUCGAUAAUAAUCACCAAGUUUCAUAAUGAAGAAUGGGCAGGCACGUUGAAAAGUGGUGUUGAAUUGCUCGUAAAAGAAAAUUGUAAAUCUGCGAUUGCUUUUCAUCGUCAGAAGGAUACUUGUCUUCAGUAUAAUCGACUAUCCCGAUAUUCAGGACAAUUGUGUGCAAGAGAAUUGAUAUAA